CCCCAAGAAGCGACCUUGCCGCUCCCCUUCAGCCCUUUUUCCUUGCUCCUUUGCCCCAGCGCCGGACGAUUCUGACAAGAAUCCGAUCCACCAAUCACUCUUCGCCAGCCCUCCGCCCCACCGUCUUAAAACACGACAUGGAUUCGGUUCAUUCGCUCCGAACGUGAUACUCCACUCCUUUUCUUCUCAAGUGGCCUGACGAUGCUGUCGUCACCAUAAAAAAAUAUCAGCGCCAGCCACUAUCUCGAAUCCCCCUCUCCCCCACGAGUUCGACGCCAGGACUUUCGGAGUUGCCGUUGGGAUGGAGAUCGGCUCAAUAGUCUCCCAAGAGUGGGAAGACGGGGGACCAAAAGCGCGUUUAGACAGGUGUUGAAGGAAGUCUGCCAUCACAGCCCUCCACAUGGAUUGGGAUUCUCCUUGCCAAGAUUGGAACUCCCGAAAAUCACUUUCUCAGCCUCACGGGAUGAAAAUUGAGAAUUGUGAGAGAGAGGAGAGAGCUCGCCCAUGUUGGAAAAGGGCUCGACCUUCCUCAUCCUGCCCCUGCCCUUGAAAAAAGGGGGUCGAAAAGAGUCUCCUCGCCGGGAUCAGCUUCCAAAGAGGCAUGUACCAAUCCUGGUUCUUCAGCCGAUUUUCUGAAAUCACCCUCGAAGGCUUCGACGAUGGCUUCCCCUUGAUCUCCCAUCUCAUCUUGAGUCAAACCACUGCCCCUGGCAAUCUUCUAGAAUUUUCUAGCGAAAGUCUAUUUUCUUUUCUGGACUUCUUCUGUCGCCGACAACAAACACUAGUGCGGAGUGGCGGUGCUAUUUGUAAUAUUACUUGGUAUGGCCUCCGUACUGCCCCAGGUUCGCUUGGCUUCCACGGUCGUAAUUUACAAGACGACCCUUUCCCAAAGUGUCACGGAUACCCCCUGUUAGCUCUUGGCCCAACUUGGAAAUGGUCCCUCUUGGCAGAUGGCAGCGGCUUCGGGACGGACUAAUGAUCAACUCGAUUUGGAAUCCCCAAAAGUCGCCUCCCUUUCCUCCGCGUGAAGGGAUCGAAGGGUGAAAUCGCCCACGUGUCGUCGGAGCCGAUUGAGCUUCCAGUUUGCUGACAGGCACAACUCUUCAUUGGCUGUGAUUAUUCCCCGUGAAAUCCAUUGGCGCGGGUUCGUGAGGCCCCUUUAGGAGUGUCGCAAGGGCCUUUGGCAUGUCGGCCGGCAGGCAGCGAUCCAAAAGCCAAAUUUUCAGCGCAGAGGGCACGCAAAACCCAUUGAGACAUUUUACAUAUCGGUGAUGCCUUCGUCAGAAGCUCGUUUGAAAAUUCCGUGUCGGGUUCGGGCCUUCAAGGAUGAUCGGGGUUGGAACGUCCUUCCCGCAAGCCUUAAAUUCUUAAGCGAAAUCAAACGCCUCUUGCUCAGACCGCUUUCCGCUGACAAGUCGAUUAGUAAAAGGCCGACCCUUGCACUGCAUGUGUCAUGCCGCUUCGCUCCGAUUCGACGACUUCGUCCAGAUGGACAUUUUGGCUCGUUGGUGCCAUGGCUGCAAGGGCCCCCAUGCUCAUCGGGCAAAUUCAGAGCAGGGAUCCCGUUUCUGGUGGUGUCAGAGCCACGCGGAAGAAGGUCUCGCCGCGCGAACAGCGAUCUUCGCUCGGACAAUAUGCCCCAAAAAUCCGAUAUCAGUUCCCACCAGUUCUAUUGGCUAGUUGCGGCUCUAAGGGGAACCGUUUUGUCCACCACGUUUAAUGGGAUGUCUGAAGAAUUCAAAAAAAAGGGCUUCGGCAACUUGAGACGAAACGCUCCGCCGAACGUCGGAACAACAGGGGGCCUCUCCCGUGGCCCCUCUCACUGUCAUUGCCAUCAUCAUCAUCAUCAUCAUCAUCAUCUCCAAGCAUCUGCAAGAUGCAUCAUCUCCUCUUAA